UAGAGACCAAAAAGCAAAUUUCUUUCGACGAUGCGAUGACGAGGUGACGUUCACAGAAACAGCUUGAAAAAAGCCGGCAUUUGCCGUUAAAUUGCACUAAUAUGGAGCUCGAAAUCAACCAGUACUUAGCUCAACAACGCGAGAUGGCAGUAGAUCAAGCAGAUAUUAGAAGAGAUCGAGGACGAGACUUUGGUUGGGACAGGAAUCAAGGCAGAGAAAGGAGGCGUAACCGAUCCAGACCCAGCCGUUUUGAUGAUGCCAACGAGAACGCCCUCCAAGGCCAGCCCAGAGGGAACUAUGAGACAAAUGUGGAAACAAACAACUACCAAGAGCAGGAGUUGUACCAGAAUAACCGACGAAGCGAGCAACGCAGCGAAGUGUACGAGGACCGAAGGGAUGAGGACAGAUAUAGCGGCGAUCGAUACGAUGAUGCUAAAAGGUACCCGCGGAAUGAGGACAGAUACCGUGGCAGCAGCAGCAGAUACGACGACAGGCAGAGUGACAGGUACGACGAGCGCUAUGAGGAGAGAUACAGUGAGCAGCGACGUGGUGGAGAUCGCCAUGACGACAGGCGCCGGAGCGGCAGACGCAGCGGCGGGGACAGACGCGGAGAUCGGAUGGACAAUGAUGACCGACACAGGGAAGGGAGGGACCGAAGACCUCAGGAGAAGGAGAAACCUAGCCGCACCGUCAUGCUGAAAAAUCUGCAUAAUUCCAUCACCGACCAUGACAUCCGAACUGUAUUGCAGAUGUUUGGGGCACCGAUCAAAGAUGUACGAUUGGUCAAACAUCGAGACACAGGUGUAUCCAGGGGCUUUGCCUUUGUGGAGUUUCAGUUCCUGCCCGACGCCCAACGGUGGAUGGAGGAGAACCAGGGGCACAUUGACUUGGCCGGUCAGGACACACAGCUGGUCUACAGCUCCAAUAAGGACAGGGAAGAAGACUGGUUCUGCUCCCAGUGUGGUACGCAUAACUUCAAGCGGCGGGAGUAUUGCUUCAAGUGUAGCAUCAGCAAAGAGGACUCGGAGCGUUACAGUGAAAUAGGUGAUGUGGCCUCAAAUGUAUUGAUCCUGAUGGGCCUGGACGCGCUGACGACGGAAGAAACGGUGACCAAAGUCUUGGAGUACAUCUCCUCGGCCACGAUGAACAUCAGCAUAGCGCGGGACACCCUGACGCGCACCUCACGGGGCUACUGCUAUGUUGAGAUGGACACCAUGGAGACGGCUACCCACCUCAUGAAUAUUCUGGUGUCCAUGCAGCCGCCGUUUCAAAUUGACGGGAAGCAAGUGUCAGUUCACUUCUGCAAGCAAAGCCUUCCUGAGGAGUCUAAAACAACCAAUCCUGUGCUUACAGAGGCAAAAUGGCCCGCGUACGGUUCCCAGGAGGAUCCGGCUAGCACCCAGCCUCCCACGCCCGAGACCUCAGCAGGUGCCGCCCUCUUCUAUCAGCAAGCCACGCCCACUCUGGACCCCACCAAGCUGACCGAGUCCCAGCAGUAUGUCUACCAGCCCUAUGUGGUGCAGCCGGCGGGUAGUCAGUUACCGGCUCAGGCCGAGUACCAGGUGCAGGGCGCCCUCGUGGGUUCCAAUAUGUUGGCUUCGGCUGUCGUCAAGGGAACAGGUGUCAUCGCAGACAGAGAACAAUACAAAGCAGCCGUGGCACAGGAACAAGUUCAGGCAGCCAGACGACUACAGCUGCAGCAGCAGCAGGUGCAGCAACAGCUGAUAGUGACUGCCAAGCUGCAAGAGGAAUCUAAGAAACAAGCAGCAGGCAAGGCUACGACCUCAACAACAACCGCAGCAGCAGCAGAUCAAGAGGACCAAGAGGCGCUGGCCGAGAAAGCCAGGCAGUGGUCGGAAAAAAAGAAACGGAAGAAGGAAGAGGGAGACAAGGAGAAGGCAUCGGAGGAGAAAGAUGAUGGAGGGGCUGCCCUGGCAAUGGCAUCAACCAAGAAGAAGAGGAGAAAGAAACAGGAAUCAAGUUCAGUAACUGAAGCCCCUGUAGUCCCCGUGUUUUUCCAAGAGGGGCAGAAGUACCCUACCCCAGACGUGUCCAAGUACGUCUACGAUGAGAUUUCCAGUUUCUACUACGACCCAACUGUUGGCCUGUACUACGAUGCCAACUCACAGUAUUACUUCGACGGCACGACGCAGAAAUACCUGUACUGGGACGCGGCUGCAUCUACCUACCUCCCUGCACCGGAUGCCAAACCUGAACAGACUGCCGCCAACGCUGAUACUACAGACAAGGCAGAGAAGACAAAGGAGAAAGACAAGAAGGACAAGAACGAUAAGAACAAGAUGGCCAAAAAGCUUGCUAAAGACAUGGCACGAUGGGCCAAGAGCAUGAAUAACUCCAAGGCCAAUGCUGCUAAGAAGGGCGGAGCCGGAAUGGAAGGUGGCUUCUCAGUGAUUGGGGCUGCCGACGCCGGCUUUGCAAUGCUUAUGAAGAAGGCCAAUCCUGCUGACACCAAAGCAGCAGUCCAACACGUGCUGCAGAAACAGACCAGUGACCCAGGCACAGCGGCCAGCAAGAGUGCAAUCGUAGCUUCUUAUGGUGGAGGAAGCGACAGCGAACCAGAGCCCGAAAUCCAUCCCACUUUUGCCACCGUCAAUCCCACCGCUGCCACCAGCAAUGUGGCCAGCACUGUGGAUGCGCUGACAGACUGGUCCAAGUUGAUCUGCCUGCUGUGCAAGCGGCAGUUCCCCUCCAAGGAGAUCCUGGUCAAGCAUCAGCAGUUCUCGGAGUUGCACAAGCAGAACCUAGAAUCGCUGCGGCUAGAUUCGCAGGAGCUCAGAGAUCAGGAAGCAGCCGAGACUGACUACCAGUAUCGGGAUCGGGCAAAGGAACGCAGACAGAAGUUUGGCGUGGAUGAGGCGCCGCCAAAGAAGAAGUUCCGGCCUCCAAAACCUACAGUACCAUAUGAGGAACCGACUAAAGAGGGUCUUCAAGAAGACAACAUCGGCAACAAGUUGCUGCAGAAGAUGGGCUGGAACAAGGGGACGGGCCUGGGCAAGAAGCAGCAGGGGCGCAUGGACCCCAUAGAGGUACAAAAGAGACAAGCGGGCGCAGGGCUGGGCAUCAAAGGGGGCUCUUACGACAUAACUGCCACAGACUCCUACAGGGAUGCCGUCAAGAAAGUCAUGAGGAACAGAUUCGAAGAGAUGGAAUGAUGCGACCUAACUGACUGCCUCUCGGUGUCAUUUAAGACGUUUAGACGUGGUUUGGUCAUCGUGAGUCUACUUCACAAAACUGCCAGUGCACACACAAUGCUGCCAGGAAUGGAAAAUAGCUCGGCAGGAGUUAUGUUGACAACCAAUUUGUCUUGUAGAUGUUUAUCGAGCACAAAUGAUUCUCAGCAGGUGUAUUGUGCUUAUCAAGCAAAUCGGCCGAGAAAUAAGUGUUUAUUGAGCAGCCCCUCAGAAUUGGGUCCAGAUUGAUUCAUGUCACGAGCAGGGCAAUUUAGAAAAGGAAUCUAUUUUUCAAAAUGAAAUUGAAAAGUAGCACUGAAAACGCAACUUAAAGAUUUUGUCAUGAAGAGAGCGUAAUUAUGGGGUCACAAGAUUGAGUUUGAGACAGUUUGCUAUUGACUGCCAAGAACUGGCCUUAUAUUUAAUUGUAAAGGGCCAAGCUACUUCCAAUCCAUCGUGCUUUGUCACAAACGUUCUGCCAAUUAAGAAUGCAUCGUUCUAUGUAGUGUCUUUAACAGACAACAAAACUAUUUUAAUGAAACUUGUUUGUAAGCAAUUUUAAUUUUGUUUUUGGCCAAAAUGUAGCAGCUGUUUUUGAAUCAGGUGUCCAGUAAACUAUUUAAGUAUUAGGUUCUAGAGACGCUGGCGGAUACUUUGUAGUUGUUUUACUGGUGAUAAGCAAUCCUUUAAAUAUUAGUUUACUCAUUUUUGUUAAACACGCACAAGGUUUUAAAGCAUUCUGUAUUAGACCUUGCUUUGAAUGUACCCUGGUUAAUAAUAAUAUAACUGGGUUUAUAGAGCGCCAAAUUGCCAAAGGAUUCAAGGUGCUCAACAAAGAAAUGAAACGGGGAAAGAAGACAAGAAAAGUGGACAGCCAGCUAUUAUUUGGGGAAAAGGUGGGUCUUGAGAGUUUUCUUGAAGGACAAAACACUGCCAGAAUUUCUGAUGUAGAUGGGUAGGCUGUUCCAUAACCGGGGGCGGGGUAGGCUAUUCCAUAACAGGGGGCGGCAAUGGAGAAGGUCCUGGUAAUUUAAGGGUCUUUGUGUAUGUCAACAGCAUUUAAAUAAAUUUGUAAAUUUUACUUGCAAGGCGAUUUUAGUUUCAUGCAGUAAUCUAGCAAGCAACAAGAAAGCAAUAAGGGUGUAUGUGUGGGCCUGGUCACC